AUAGCAUCCGGGUGAAUUAGUGGUCACAGAGAAUUCAAGAUGGCGACGCACAUGUUGCAGUGUAGAACUUGGGGCCGUGUUCAGAGGUACGGAAUUGCAGUAUAUAGAAAGUACAGCAGUGGCAGCAGAUAUCCAAAUAUCUCACUCUCUGCACCAUUACCAGGGAUCCCUAAACCAGUGUUUGCGUCCGUUGAUGGGCAUGAACAAUGCGAGACUAAAAUCACUACAUUGGAAAAUGGCCUUAAAGUAGCAUCUCAAAACAAGUUUGGUCAGUUCUGCACGGUUGGAAUUUUAGUAAAUUCAGGCUCCAGGCAUGAGACAAAAUACCCCAGUGGAAUUGCACACUUUGUGGAGAAACUAGCCUUUUCUUCCACAGCCCAGUAUGGCAGUAAAGAUGAAAUUCUUCUCACACUUGAAAAACAUGGAGGGAUCUGUGACUGCCAAACAUCCAGAGACACCACCAUGUAUGCUGUCUCUGCCGAGGUGAAGGGACUGGACACGGUAGUCAGCCUGCUCUCUGAUGCUGUAUUGCAGCCACGCCUACUAGAUGAGGAGAUCGAGAUGACUAGGAUGGCUGUGCGCUUUGAGCUGGAGGAUCUGAACAUGAGGCCUGACCCUGAACCUUUACUGACGGAGAUGAUCCACGCAGCAGCAUAUCGGGGGAACACCGUUGGGUUGCCUCGCUUCUGUCCAGUAGACAACGUGGAGAAGAUCGACAAGAAGCUGCUACACACGUACCUGCGGAGCUACUACUGCCCAGAGCGUAUGGUGCUAGCCGGAGUGGGCAUCGAACAUGAACAACUGGUGGCCUGCGCCAGGAAAUAUCUGCUGGAUGUGAAGCCAGUAUGGGGAGCCAGUACGCCUACCAAUGUCGACCUGUCUGUGGCACAGUACACUGGUGGAAUCGUAAGGAUGGAUAAGGAUAUGUCAGAUGUGAGCCUUGGCCCCACCCCCAUUCCUGAGCUCACCCACAUCAUGAUUGGCCUGGAGAGCUGCUCCUUCCUGGAGGAGGACUUUAUCCCAUUUGCCGUCCUCAACAUGAUGAUGGGUGGAGGUGGGUCCUUCUCAGCGGGGGGUCCUGGGAAAGGCAUGUUCACCCGGCUUUACCUGAACGUGCUCAACAGGCAUCAUUGGAUGUACAAUGCCACCUCAUACCAUCACAGUUAUGAGGACAGCGGCCUGCUGUGUAUCCAUGCCAGUGCAGACCCCAGACAGGUUCGGGAAAUGGUGGAGAUUAUAACCAGAGAGUUCAUUCAGAUGGCUGGGACAGCAGGAGAGAUGGAAUUGGCAAGAGCGAAGACGCAGCUCAAGUCCAUGCUGAUGAUGAACCUGGAGUCGCGUCCGGUUAUCUUUGAGGAUGUCGGCCGACAGGUUCUAGCCACAGGGAAGAGGAAGCUGCCACAUGAGCUGUGUGACCUCAUCAGUAACAUUACAGCAAGCGAUAUCAAGAGGGUCACAACCAAGAUGCUGCGCAGCAAGCCAGCAGUAGCAGCGCUAGGAGACUUGACCGAGAUGCCCUCCUAUGAGCACAUCCAAGCUGCCCUGUCCAGCAAGGACGGACGCCUGCCUCGCAUGUACCGCCUCUUCCGAUAGACCUCCCUACGUUUACCCAGACAUCAUUGUAUAUACUGGACACUGACCUAUGCUAGUGUUCUCUCAAUAGAGAUGUGCUAAGCUCUGGGAGAGUACUGUUUGGAUCUCCCAACUCUAAAAGAAAAGUGUUGAGUGAGGUGAUUUUUAAAAACUAAAUUUUACUUGGUGAGGAUAUACCCUGCUCUGUGCACCUGGAGCGUCUACAUUUUCUUGCCAGAGGGAAGUUUUUAAUUUCCUGUUCAGUAGCCCACCUGACCAAUGUUGGCUGGGAUGGUUUUCAUGCUUUUGGGUUUAAUUCCAAGUAUGUGGGUGAAUAUGGCUCGAGUGUUGCAUUGCUGGAUCUGUAGAGGGUGACCUACAAAUUACCUUCAUGGUAAAAAGGAAAAUAAAGGGUUGUGAUUGUC